AUUAAUAAAACAUUUUUUUGUGUUAACUGUCGGACUUAGCCAGACAUUUUGACGAAAUUUUACGGAAUGUUCUAAACAUGAAAAAACUUACACUUAACAGCUGAAAGCGAAGUAUAGCUCUUGUGUGGCCUGGUUUGGUUGAGUAACGUAAACGUACUGUACGUCGAGUAGCUCCUGGCGGAGCAGACAUGGCCAACAGCAACAGUGUAGACAUGGAUCCAGAUGUUGCUCUGAGGCUGUUUGAAGAGGGAGCUACCCUGGUGUUGCUGGGUGUUCCUCAAGGUACGGAGCUGGGGAUUGACUGCAAGAGUUGGCAGGUUGGUCCCCGCUUCAAGGGUGUGAAGAUGAUCCCCCCAGGCCUGCACUUCCUCCACUACAGCUCCGUUAACUCGCCGAGCUGUGGAGGAGAAAUUGGUCCAAAGACAGGCCUCUUCCUCACUCUCAAACCCAAAGACAUUCUGUUGGCCAACUGGGAUCCCAAAGAGGAAGAUCUGGACUUCUCAGCCUCCCAAAACGAAGAGGAGGUGAACCGGAUCAGGGCCACCUUGCAAGACCUGGAUCCUCACCUGGGGCCCUAUCCGUACGAGGUGAUGAGGAAAUGGGUGUCCCUCACUGACCGUCUGAGUGAGGAGCUGGCCAAUAACUUACAGCCUCUUUCAGGUCGAAUAUGUGCCUUUAGUGACGUCAUCCCUGAGCUUCAGCUCAGACACACCAAAGACAGGGCAGAGCAGCCGAGGAAUGACACAGCCUGUCAGAGCAUGAAAGAGGGACUCAACAGGCUCCCCAGGAUGAAGCAGAGGGAGGGGACGGAGUUGCGCUUCUCUGUUAUCCCAGAGAAGAAAUACCCUGCUGGGGCUACACCGGCCGAGAUCACCCAGUGCAGCCUGGAUCUGAGCUAUGCCCUAGAGACUGUGCUGGAGAAGAACCAUGAGCUGCAGCCUCUUAACCUGCUAGGUGAGCUGCAGUUUGCCUUUGUGUGUUUCCUGAUUGGAAAUGUGUACGAGGGCUUUGAGCACUGGAAGAGUCUCCUCGCUCUCCUGUGCCGAUCCGAGGAGACAAUGCGAAAGCGUAAGGAGCUGUAUCUGGGGCUCAUCGCCGUGCUUUACCACCAGCUCGGAGAAAUCCCACCUGACUUCUUUGUCGACAUUGUGUCUCAGAGCAACUUCCUCACUUCCACACUGCAGGACUUUUUCCAGUUUUCCAGUGGGCCCGGUAUAGACGGCACACUGCGAAAGAGAGCAGAGAAGUUCAAAGCUCACCUGACUAAGAAGUUUCGCUGGGACUUUGAUGCAGACUUGGAUGACUGUGCCCCUGUGGUGGUGGAGCUGCCGGAAAGUGUUACAGUGGACUGAGACUGUGUGUAAUAUGGAUUCAGUGUACAUGCUGGAACCAUAAGCAGGGGACGGGACUGAAAUAAUCUGACACUGAAGCCUGGUAUUUAACACCAGAUCCAAAGCUUCUUAGGAGGCUUAAGGAAACUUAAACAACAACCUCAAUGCAGUUUCAGUCAUACCAGUAGUUCUUUAACAGUGUGUGUUGAGAGCGUUAAUGUAGGCUGUACAACCACUUCUCAUAUGUGGGCACAUUUUGUACCCUGUUAUGAAGAAAACAAAAUCAUGUUGUCACCCGAAGUGUUCAAUCAUGGCAUGGCUGCAUUUUACUGUAGGGACUACGGGCUGAAAAUAGCACUCGUGCUACAACCCGGUACAUGCAUCUCCUUGUUCUUAUACUAGGUUAAUGUUAACUUUUGUUUUGUUCCUGUUUAAAUAAAAUAAAACCUAUAGUAAAUAUCAGCGGUGUCCUCUGGUGGUGGCUUUUUCUAAGGUCAGCAAGCAAGUAAUUGGGUUCUAAAACUGCAUUACUCGACAGUUUUAGAACCCAAUUACAACACAUUUAUUGCCAAAAUCAACCCACUGGUUGUUCUUAACCUCACUCAAGUUGGAGGGUUUAAUUAAUGAAUGGCUAUGUUAAGAAUUAGAAAUGGUGUCAUACACAGAGCUGUUAUCUUCAUCAAUUGUGGAGAACUUACACGUUCACCACAAGUGCCACAUAACAACUGCAUGGAUAAGGACACAUAGUGUAACCUUAAUUUCACCAAACCUUAUAAGAAUUCUAGAUAUACAUGAUUUAGCUUGAAAACAAAAAGAAUAGUAUUGUGUGACUGUAGUAGUUCUAUACCUCCUUAUAUUAAAUAUAAAUAGUUUUGUGUUGAUUAUUCAUUUUUGUUGUCACACUGAAAAUGUCAAAAUCGCUAUCACAUGUUUGUCAUGGUGAAUUGUUUAAACUAAAAGACCCAUCUGAGCUGUUUUCUUCAGAACCUUACUAAAACACAUGUUUUUUUUAAAUGAUUUAUUGGAUCCAAAUUCCCUUAAAUAAAAACACUUUUGAUA